GAUCUCGACAUCGCCGAGUGCAAUGCGCUGGCGCUCCACAACAUCGAGAUGACCAUCAAGACUGCCAACCGCUCAGAGCCAGGACCUGAUGACCUCCCGUACGCCGCGUGGGCCAACAAGCGCGGCAUCAACCUACUCCACGACGUCGUGCACGACCUGCUCUACGGCUUCUUACCUUCUACACACUUCAGCGCCUCGAUCCUGGCGCCGAUCUCGAAGAUCGACGAACCAACGGACGGCAUCCUCACGCGCCGAAAGGCUGCGCAGUUGCGGCCCCGUCGAUUCAAAAACGCAGACGCCGUGAUCAUCGCGGCCAGCUGCCGCAGAAAGAUCCACGCCACAGUCGCCCAGAACGCUCAGCUCUUCCGGCGUGAACUCCUCGAAGGGCGGGCGGCUCCCGGCCAACCUCGUGCCGCUCGACGUGGUGGCAGGGGCAAGGAGCCGGCGGGCAAG